AUGGCUGCAGCGCUGCUUGGCUGGGUCUCUCUCUCUCUCCUUUCUACUGCGUGGUUUGUGUCUAGCAGCUCAGAUGGGCUUGGCAGUAGAUCUUUAACUGAGACAUGCAAAGAAAUUGCAGCAUCUGUAUCCUCAGCGUCGAUGGUGUAUGACAAGGUUUCUGUUCAUUACAUCAAAGACAUCAGUCACUGGGCAUCGUCAAGCUCGCAGAUUGCUGAAUGUUCAUUUGAGCCAGGGACAUCUUUGGAUGUCGGCAUAGCGCUCCAAAUUCUGGGCAAGACUCAGACUCCUUUUGCGGUAAAAGGUGGUGGACAUGCGUCAAACCCUGGUUUUUCAUCGACGAUGGGCGUGCAAAUUGCUAUGGCUCGUUUUUCUGAUGUUAAAUACGACGCACCAUCACAAACUGCCACAAUCGGUGCGGGUUUAGUCUGGGACGCGGUGUACGCCGCCUUGGAGCCGCAUGGGGUUAACGUCGUCGGUGGUCGAGCAUCGGGCGUUGGUGUGGCUGGUUUCACUCUCGGCGGAGGAUAUUCGUGGCUCACCAAUCAGUACGGUUUGACAAUUGACACCGUGCAGUCCUUUGAGUUAGUGAUACCAAACGGUACAGUUUUGAAUGUUUCCGCAGCUUCCGACCCGGAUCUAUUCUUUGGUUUGAAGGGUGGUCUCAAUAAUUUUGGCAUAGUCACUAGAUUCACGCUAAAGACCUUCCCUCAAUCGAAAGUUUGGGGUGGGCUUAUCAUGUAUACUGCAAGCGUGAUGAACCUUGUCAAUCAAGCAACAGCAAAUUUCGCUGCGAACAUCACAGAUCCUAAGGCACAAAUCAUCACAACUUAUAAUCAUAUUUUUGGCGUACCUGGAGUCUUCGAACUUGUUUUCUAUGACGGACCCUCACCGCCCGAGGGCAUAUUUGACGAAUUCUUGGCAAUCCCUUAUCUGUUCAAGGACGUUUCCACUCGGUCUUUUCUCUCUUUAGUGCAGGCUUCGCAUUCUAAUGCCUCUUCAGGCUCACGGGCCAUCUUCAACACCAUAUCUGUCCUCGACUACUCCGUUUCAUUUCUUGAAUCCAUUGUGAACGAGUCGAUGUUCUGGGGACAGUCGCUCGCUCACUCUGGUGCAUGGCUCAUCUCCUAUGACGUUGAACCAUUCAUUCCAUCAAUAUUCGGCCACAGCACCACUCCAUCAGCACACCCGCCUUCUCGCGAUCGAGGACUCCUUCCAUUGAACAUCUAUUUUGCAUGGGCAUUUCCCACUUCGGACGGAAUCAUGCAACAAGCUGUUCGAGAUAGCGCAGCUCAUCUUCGCCAGUUGGCAAUUGCUGAGGGCCAGGAUGUCGCUGAUGCAGCUGUGUAUAGCAACUAUGCCAUCUUCGACACGCCAUUGAGCAGCAUUUAUGGGGACAACUUGCCGCGGCUGCAUGCCAUCAAAGCUGCUGUAGACCCGACCAAUGUCAUGGGCUUGGCAGGGGGGUUUAAGUUCUAA